CAGUAACUGCGUCUCAAUUCAUCGCUGGAUUUUAUGCACUGCUCUUCUACCUCGUCCUUCUCAUCUUUAGUAUACUUGGCGUUUGUUUCAGAGCAUGUGUCAAGAUGUUUUCAUCUCGAGCCACCUCUCUCCUCUUUUUAAUAGGGACGAUGCUAGCCUGUGUAAACGUGCUCUGCAAUUCGGACAACUUAGAGGUGAGAGUAUACUUUCGCCUGCCCACGGCUUUUCUCGUUGGAAUCGUCUUUGUUUUGGCUGGAGCGGUGUUCUUCUUCUCCAAACCUGAAGAAGUGGCCAAUCAAACUACCUUAGCGAGACAGCAACCCUCAAUGGGACUUGUUGUCGGAGUAAUAUCCAUCCCUUUGAUCAUCGUCGAGAUAUUUCUCCUUGCUGCAGCUAGUGCUUCAAAGAACAAAAGCGAUCCGGAACCACUUCCUCCAAAGUCUUGGGCUCUUGUUGUCGCAGACAAGACAACGUUUCUUGUCCAGAAGGUUGUCCAAGCAAUUGUAUAUAUUUUGUUGUUAAGAUAUAGGACAAUCUGUCCAAGGUACAAAGAAAAUGCUAAGUUUUAUUUGAAGACCCUGGCGUUCUUUAAUUUCAUCGAAUGGGUAGACUCCCAAGUAAACGAAGACACCGAUAUCAAGUUAAGUCACACUAACCUGUCUUACAAUGCUUGGUUCGAUAUCCUUACAGUAUUUUACAAGGCCUUGAUAAUAGAUUACCGCCUUCUAUGCUCACUUCUGUUCCUUGAGCAUUCAUUAGAGGACGAAAUGGCGGACAAUUACGACGAAGUAAACGACACACCUAAUAGAAACAUGACCUUGAAAAAAGAACAAUAUAGAGCUGCAGGAUUUAUUUUUGGCUUCUUGAGUCUGUCUGCACCAAUCUGCACAGCACUGUAUUAUGUUAAGAACCUUAAUAUCCCUCCAUGGGUCCAUGUGUUUGCCAUUAUAAUCAAUUUUACCAUUGUUGGUUGUGGAGCAGUCUUUUUAUCAAGCAAUGAUUUAACUGGUGAUAGGGAAAGGCAUCCGGAAUCAUCUGGAGUCCAAAACAUGGUAUGUUUUUUGGGUGCUGUGGGACUCACCUGUUGGAUAGCCAAAGCACCAAUCUCUGCUUAUUGGGCAGCUACCGAAAAUGGCGACGUCUCCCAAUACUUUGCCUGGGUCGCAACGAAGUAUAUUGCUCGCAGCAUUUCCACAAUGUUUCUGAUGGGUCUUUUUCUGAAAGUUAAAGUGCAAUCCUUGGCACGUAGAAAUUCGGAAAUGAUUAGAAAUCAUUUUUUAGUGCCUGCUAUGAUAUUAGCAAUAUUUGGAGCUUUUGCAGAGAGUUUAAUCGAUCAGUUUGUAGGACCGGUGGACAGGAGACUCAGAGAGGAAAUCCAUGAUACAAGUCUGGAUCUCCUGUUUACAGCUGGUCCACCGAUGUACCUUGGAUUUCUGAUUCAUAUGGUUUUGCAUUUUGUUAUUAUACAAGCAGAGAUUGUCAAACGUGGUUGAGCUCGCACACAUUUUGGUUACAUGGGUGCAUUGUUCAUGAAUAUAUAAUGAAAAAGCUGACAAACACUCUA